GCACUGCGCAACUUCAACCAUUACCCCCUGUCUCCCGCCCCGCCAAUUAUUCUUGGUGUUUUAAUGUUAAGCACAAAAUUAAAUGAAGACGGCACACUUGCUAGGAAGCGUUUUCAACUAAUCCUAUUCGUGGUAUUAUUGAUUGGAUUCACGCUUGGAUUUCUGAUGAAUCAAAUGUUGGUCCAGAAAAAUUACACGGUAAUUUUUCCCGCAACUGUGACCCCGAAAAGCAAUUCAGCAAACUUAUUUGGUCAUCUUGGUGAAUCACAAAUUGCCGACGCAUUGGCCAAAAAGAUUCGUGUCGUCUGUAUGGUUCUCACUAUGCCAUCCAAUCACGAAACUAAAGCACAAGCCGUCAGGGAUACUUGGGCUUCGCGAUGUAAUGCUCACUUUUUUAUCAGUAGUGUUGAGGACUCAUCGCUGCCCAGUUUGGCUGGAGUGGAACAGGAGAGCCGCGAAGCUUUGUGGGACAAGACGAAAUUUGCCAUUAACCAUGCUUACAAGAAUUACCUGGAAAAUUUCGAUUAUUUUAUAAAGGCAGACGAUGACACCUUUAUUAUCGUAGAAAAUCUGAGAAAGCUUCUGUCAGAGCAUACACCAGAUGAGCUCUUCAUCAUGGGCCGCCGGUUUCGACCUCACGUGAGCCAAGGCUACCUCUCCGGUGGUGGCGGGUAUGUCCUGUCCCGCGCUGCGCUGAUAAGGAUACAUGACGGUCUGUUGAACGAUACGAACUGCGCGGGAGAUAAGCACGGAGGAGCCGAGGAUGUACGCCUUGGAACAUGCGCUGCGGCUGUUGGGGUCCCCGUACUUGACAGUCUGGACGCUUCCGGUCUCGAAAGGUUUCACCCGUUCACUCCGGCCAUGAUGAUGGACAAAAAGGCACUGGACGGGACCUCUUGGUUUGCGAGCUACAAUUAUCACAAAGUGAUCACGGGCUUUGAGUGCUGCAGUGACUACGCUGUCUCCUUUCAUUAUGUUUCGCCGUCGGAUAUGUAUGUAUUCCACUAUUUUCUCUACCAUCUACAUCCGUACGGCAUUCAUCGAGACUUUAUGGACGUGGCCAAUCUAGUAUGCCAUACGAACUCGACAUAACAGUCUUUUUCUUUGACUAGUUUUUCCUAGAAUUGCGGACUGUAUUUUUGUUCAACUCAUUGUUUAUAUUUUUAUAUGUUAGAUUGUUUUAUUGCCCACAUCACUUGCAAUUCGCCGACUGUUGGUCUGAGAACUGUCAGCCAUUCGAAUGACUACUUUGCACCCAAGUCGGUGUAAAGUGACGUCACCACAA